AUGGUGAAUCAGACAUUGAAGGGUACAAAUUGCGAUGAUGAAAAAGACAUUACUCAAGUCAGUCUUGAGGAAUAUAAAAUAGAAGAAUACAAUGAGCUCAACAAAGACGAUUUGCAUAAAAAACACCCUAACUCGAUGACAUGUGAAUUAGCGGCAUUUUCAGCACCAACAGAUAAAGUUACUAACGCACAAAUUAAUAAAAAAAGGCAAGAGUUAGUUAGAGAUCAAAGUGAUAAUGAGAGCUAUGAUCUUGUUGACACACAAUCACCAUGUGAAAUGAUGACGGUCAGACCACCCAGUAUAUCCCAUGAUAGCACUAGUACCACAAUUUUGGAAAGACAAGAACGCACCUUGUCCCAAGAUGAAUUCCAAUUAAGCUCACAGUAUUUAAGACGUUCACUAUCUUUUAGCUCAAUACCUUCAGAGCUCAAUCUAAGCCCUAACUAUGUGGUUGCCCAUUGCGGUGCUCAAGAAAUUUUGGAAGUACCAUGUGACAUCUCAAAGCCUGCUUCUAACGAGCUUAUUGGAAAUAAAGGUGUCAAAUCAACAGCAACGAAUAGCACCAAUAAUUUCAUCAAAGAUAUUCAUCAGCCUCCAAUUCAAGAACGUCCUGAUGGACAUUCAUCACGGCAUUGUUCUGGAGUUUCGGACAGUGAUUUUUGGAGGGACUGUGAGCGGGAAGGUGACAAAAGUCCGCGGGAUCAACGAGAUGUGGUGGAGGACAUAUCUAGUGCCAGUAGUAUUAGUACCCGGUUAGGGUUUCUUUGGCGGUUACCGAGCAUUUUAUCUACAGAAACCGCAACGUCAGAAAUACUAGCAACAACCGCUGGGUCUAAAAAUAAAGACACCAAAGAAAAUAAAAACGGUGAAGAAAUAAUAAAGGCUUCAAGUAGUAGCGUGGUGUGUGCCAUUUGCCAGGAAGAGUUGGGAAUGGAGGAUGAUUGGGAGCGACAUAUUAGAAAGGACAAAGUUGAGACAGGGCUUUCAGAGUUUGGAGUAAGGCCUUUUCAAGACCGGCUAAAUAUCCGGGUUCGGGUGCUACCAUGCAAUCAUGUGUUUCAUGAUCUUUGUAUUUCAGAAUGGCUGAUGAAGUGCCAGGGCAUUUGUCCUUUGUGCAAGCGCGACUUGACGCAGGAUUUGAUGAAGGAAGCAACAUGCUGCUCUUAA